AUCACCUUGAUAUGAAUCACUAAGCAAAUAAUAUUAAUACCUUUAAGUAAAAAAAUACUAAAAUCAAUCAUGCUUUCUUCAACUAUACAAGCUAUCAUUUUCUUUUCGUUAAUCCUUCUUUAUCCUUCAAAUGGACAAUUGAAUGCAACUUUCUAUUCUAACACAUGCCCUAAUGUGUCAUCCAUUGUGAAAAAUGCUGUUCAACAAGCUCUACAAUCUGAUUCACGAAUUGGUGCAAGCUUAAUUCGUCUUCAUUUUCAUGAUUGCUUUGUCAAUGGGUGUGACGCGUCGAUUUUGUUAGACCAAGGAGGAAACAUUACACAAAGUGAGAAAAAUGCAGCUCCAAAUUUCAAUUCCAUUCGUGGAUUCGGUGUGGUUGAUACCAUCAAAAGCUCUCUUGAAAGUUCAUGCUCUGGCGUUGUAUCUUGCGCUGAUAUUCUUGCCCUUGCAGCUGAAUCUUCUGUGUCUUUGGCAGGGGGUCCUUCAUGGAAUGUACUACUUGGGAGAAGAGAUGGUUUAACAGCAAAUCAAGGUGGUGCGAAUAGCUCCAUUCCCUCUCCAUUUGAGAGCCUAGCCAAUGUUACAUCUAAAUUCUCUGCAGUUAACCUUGACACUACUGAUAUGGUUGCAUUGUCAGGUGCUCACACAUUUGGACGUGCUCAAUGCCAAUUUUUCUCCCAAAGACUGUUCAACUUCAAUGGCACUGGAAACCCAGACCCAACCCUAAACACAACCUAUUUAGCAACACUUCAACAAAAUUGUCCCCAAAAUGGAAACGGUUCUACUUUGAACAACUUAGACCCAUCAACUCAAGACACAUUCGACAACAACUACUUCACCAAUCUUCUAACCAAAAUGGGUCUUCUUCAAACAGAUCAACACCUUUUUUCUACCAAUGGUUCUUCCACUGUCUCAAUUGUUAACACCUUUGCCAAUAACCAAACAGCAUUUUUUAACCAAUUUGCUCAAUCAAUGAUCAAUAUGGGUAAUAUUAGCCCCUUAACGGGUACUCAAGGAGAAAUUAGAAUUGAUUGUAAGAAAGUCAAUGGAAGUUGAUGAAGGAAAACAAAGAGAAAUGAUUAAGAACAUUAUAUGUACCAUGUUUUUGUUUAAUCUUGAUGUUGUUUAAUUAUUGUUUCCAUCAAAAUGUACUAUAGUUUUGUCUUUAAAGUUUUUGUGUACGUUAAUGUUGGACUUCGAAUUUGUUAAGAAAUUAAUAUAUGUGCCUCCUUUUUGUGUAA